AUGGCUUCAGUGGCAUGGCGAUUUAAUUUAGCUGAUGGUACUGUGAUACCUAUCCUAACAUCAGCCGUUGAAACCACUACUGCCCCAGAAUAUAUUACUAGGACCAAAUUUGACAAUAUAACCGGAUCUUUGGAGCUCUCAAGCUUGACUCUAGAUGACACUGGAUUAUACGAGGUGAUGAUGACUCCUCUAUCGGGACAUCCACUAAAUGGAGAAUUUAACCUGCAGGUGAAUGAGCGGGUCUCCGGUGUAACAGUCACCCCCAACACCACAGAGCUGAUGGAGUUCAGCAGCUCUGUGAGGAUCUCCUGCCACGUCUCCACCGGCACCUCCCUGUCCUACCUGUGGAUGAAUGGCAGCUCUGAGAUCACUGUAUCAAGUGACAGGGUGCAGGUCGACGACGGAGGCACCACCCUCACCAUACUCAACGUGACACGCUACGACCGGGGGCCAUACACCUGUAAAGUCUCCAAUCUGAUCAGUACUCAAAAAAGUGCCCCGUUAACACUGCACCCCAUCUAUGGACCAGUGAGCAUUCAGAUUUAUGUUCCGGUGGACCCAGUAGAGAUCGGCCAGAAUCUGCAUUUAUCCUGCAGGGCUGAGUCCACCCCUCCUGCACAUUUCACCUGGAUGAACGGGAUGAAUGAGGAAAUCGGCUAUGGCGCUGACUUUCAGAAAAAGGCAACGCUUUUGGACAGUGGAGAAUACACAUGUUUAGCAGUGAACAACAUCACUAAGUUGGAGCUUCGUGCAGUAAUUUUUCCUCAUACAACCUAA